UUAGAGGCCAGAACGAAAUGCAUAAAUGGUGCUCUUUGAACAUCGAAACAGAUAUUAGCAAAGUUUCAGUAUGACACAGCAAAGCUUCAGGUCACGGUAAUAGACAAAGGACCGAAAGCUUCCCGCUGCCCGGGACAGAAUCUUAACAAGGGCACCGGCGGCGUGAGAGUGUGCGCGCGCUGGGGGUGGGGUCGCGCCAAAGAAUCCAAGUUAGUGGCGGAGGCGAGGGGUCAGUUUUCCGCGAGUCGUACACCCAGAAUUGCGGACUCGGUGACCUGCGGCCCACCCAGGAAACAGCAGGUGUCUACCCUGCGCAAGCUUAUCCUCAUUCCCAGCGGCUCCCCUUGGGCGGCUUCAAGUGUCUGGGUUGAAAUGCAACCCGACCCCGAGAAGGGCGGGGCGCAGGGCCGUGGAGGGGUGGUGCAGGUGGGCGGGCCGCGGCAGGGUGAGGAGGCUGGGCCUAUAAAGUGUUCGCGGCCCCAAGGGCGAUGCUGCUCGGUGAAGCGGGUGCUGCGUGGGUUGGGGGUCGAUCAGGGCUUGGGUCUGCAGGUCCCUGAGCCUCCGAGGGAGGAGGCUCCUGAGAAGAGUCCGUGCCUCUGUUUACCCCGCCGCUUUGCCAGCGAGCGCGCCCGUCCCAGCGAAUUCCCGGCAGCGCCCCGGAAAGGCCGUUCCGCCCCCGCGAGGGAAACGGAGCCGUUGACCAUGGUUGCAACUGGCAGUUUGAGCAGUAAGAACCCGGCCUGCAUUUCAGAGUUGCUGGACCAUGGCUUCCACCCGGGAAGCCUGCUAAAUGAUUUUGACUACUGGGAUUAUGUUGUUCCUGAACCCAACCUCAAUGAGGUGAUGUUUGAGGAGACGACUUGCCAGAGUUUGGCGAAAAUGCUGGAGAACUGUCUGUCCAAAUCAAAGCAAACCAAACUUGGUUGCUCCAAAGUCCUUGUCCCUGAGAACCUGACCCAGAGGAUUGCUCAAGAUGUCCUGCGGCUGUCCUCCACGGAGCCCUGCGGCCUGCGAGGUUGCGUUAUGCAUGUGAACUUAGAAAUUGAGAACGUAUGUAAAAAGCUGGAUAGGAUUGUGUGUGAUUCGAGCGUGGUGCCCACUUUCGAGCUCACGCUUGUGUUUAAGCAGGAGAACUGCUCGUGGACUAGCUUCAAGGACUUUUUCUUUAGCCGAGGUCGCUUCUCAUCUGGCCUCAGGCGAACUCUGAUCCUGAGUUCAGGAUUCCGGCUGGUGAAGAGAAAGCUUUACUCUUUGAUUGGAACCACAGUCAUUGAAGAGUGCUGAAAAGGAAAGAUUUUAAAGGUCCUUUUAGGAUUGGGUCAUAAAACUGCACAGCUGCCCCGUGAGAGUCGUUUUAGUCCCCCUGCCUGCUCUCAACGAGAAACCCCAGAUUGAGUCAUCUCCCUUCCAGGCUUCACAUUUAUAGCAACCCAACUAAAAGGCUGAUUUCAUGGCUUUUGAGAAAGGACCCGAGAAAGUGUCCCAUUUUUUGCCUAUAUCACAUGUUUUUACAAAAUGGCAUGGAAUAAAAGAAGCAGUCCACUUUAGUUUUAUAUUUGACCUCGCUUUUUCCAGGUAGUCUUGCUAAAUAGACUGUAAACCAAUGUGCCUAAUUCGAUUUUCAUAUGGCUUAUUUUUUCUGUAUACUUUCAGAGUAAUCCUUUCAAUCACAGAAAUGUCAUGAUGCUUAGCCCAUCAAAACUUCCAGAAGCCCGCACCAAUUUCCUGCCCCUACUCAAAUAUGAAGGGUUCUUAGACUAGAGGGUGGAAUUGAGUGGGUGAACGUAAUUGAAACUUCACCCCGUGCAAGGGUGACUAAGAAAUAUCACAGCAAGAGCUGAGCUAGUUCGCUGUUUCUUUGCAUUCUCUCUAUGCUUCUGUUUUAGAGGCGGCAGAAGCCUGUAUUGUAAGUUCAGUAGCCACAGUAUUGUUUAAAAUAACUUUAUGGUACGACGCAAGCUGUUUUUCUAGUUCUGAAGUAUUGAAUAUUAUCUUUCAGCUAAAGAAGUGGAAAGUGUUGAAUGGACUUUUUUUUUGCGUGUAGUUGGUCACUCUUCCCCCGAGGGCAUGGUGAAUGUGCUUGGGGAUAGGAAGUGAGUUCUCAGAUCAACUGCCUUUCUCAUUCAUUUGAUAAUCUAGCUUCUUUUCAUGAUCACAUAAGCUUAACCUCAGAUGAAGCAUCUCACCACAUCAGUGCCAUCUGGCUCUGGCCUCUCCUGGGAACUGAGAUGUUUCUCCUUAACCUGAAUCUUCCAAGGAGAAAGUAGGCACGUGCUACCACUUUUCAUUAUCACCAUGGGCCUGUUUAUGAGUCUGCCCUGCCUAUGGCUAUCUGGUGUGCAGUACAGACUAGGGAGCGGAAAUCAUGGUCUAGAUAACCAGUUGUCUUCAGCCUCGGAUACCUGUCCUUAGGGAACAAGAAAGGCCUGAUUUUUUUUCUUGUUCCUCCUAGCUAGGUCCUUAGCCAUUCUUGUUUAAUGUUAAUGAGAGAACGUAGCCUCCACACAGCAGUAUUCAAUUCAGCAAGGCCCUCACAUGUUUGCUGUAAAUCACGGAGAAGGAGUUUAGUCAGGUCUCCUGCCCGAAUUAUGGGUACCACGUUACAUGCCUGAAGCCAGGGCUGAAGGUCCAAAUGUCUCCAUCCUGGUAUUGCUCCAAAGAGGGUGUGAUCCUGUUACAGAUCCCGUAAGUGACCUAGAAUUUCACUAUUCAAAUUAGCACGCAGUCUAACAAAUCCAACUCUUCACGUGUUUGAAAAAAUACGGCAAAGCCAAGCCGAUCCUUACGGGACUGGGCCCGUUCGAGUGUCUGUUACUGUUUACUGUGUGGGGCUCUAAAGGUCACCGUGACUCUGUGGGCAUGGCUUCUCUGGCUUGGAUGUCGAACCGUUGUCCUUCUUCCACGAACGGUUGGCAUUGACUCUUGUCUCUUGUGCUCACAAAAUGGUGACGGCUUAUGGAGAUUCUUAAAUUAAUAUUCCUGUUAAAGGAAAUUAAAGUUUGUCUAUUUUUGACAAUAAAGCAUCGUAUAUUUUUAA